UUGUGUCACUGCACUUGCUCUGUCUGAUCUUGUGAGUGUGCUCUGUCCCCUCACCAGCCACGAGUGAGUGCCCGUGGUCGUACUCGUAGGUGAAGUCGUCGCGCGCGCGGGGGAGCCUCCCUCCCUAGGCCGGAUCGAUCCCUGCCGGCGGCCAUGGACAAGCUCGGCGCGAACCCGGCCAACUCGAGCCCGCUCACGCCGCUGGGCUUCCUGGAGCGCGCCGCCACCGUGUACGGCGACUGCCCCUCCGUCGUCUACCACGACACCGUCUUCACCUGGUCCCAGACCUACCGCCGCUGCCUCCGCCUCGCCUCCGCCCUCGUCGCCCUCGGCGUCUCCCGCCGCGACGUCGUGUCCGUGCUGCUGCCGAACGUGCCGGCCAUGUACGAGGCGCAGUUCGGGGUGCCGAUGAGCGGCGCCGUGCUCAACAGCAUCAACACGCGCCUCGACGCGCGCACCGUCUCCGUCCUGCUCCGCCACUCCGGCUCCAAGCUCAUCCUCGUUGACCCUGCUCUGCUCCCGGUCCUCGGCGACGCGCUCCGCCUCCUCCCGCCGGGCCACCCAGCCCCGCGCGUGGUGCUCGUCGAGGACCCGCACGAGAAGGAAUUCCCUCCGGCGCCAGCGGCGGCUCUGACGUACGAGAGGCUCCUGGAGACAGGCGACCCGGAGUUCAAGUGGGUGCGGCCGGCGAGCGAGUGGGACCCGAUGAUACUCAACUACACCUCCGGCACCACGUCGGCGCCCAAGGGCGUCGUGCACUGCCACCGCGGCAUCUUCGUGGUGACCAUGGACUCGUUGGUCAGCUGGGCGGUGCCGGAGAAGCCGACGUACCUGUGGACGCUGCCCCUGUUCCACGCCAACGGGUGGAGCUUCCCGUGGGGGAUGGCCGUGGUGGGCGGUACGAACGUCUGCCUCCGCCGCGUCCUCGCCGGCGAGGUCUACGACACCAUCGCGCGCAACAAAGUCACGCACCUCUGCGGCGCGCCGGUCGUGCUCAACAUGCUUGCCAACGCGCCUGAGGGCGUGCGAAAGCCUCUCCCGGGGAAGGUACAGAUCCUCACGGCCGGCGCGCCGCCCCCGGCCGCCGUGCUGCACCGCACGGAGGCGAUCGGCUUCGACGUGAGCCACGGGUACGGUUUGACGGAGACGGCGGGUCUGGUUCUGCUGUGCGCGUGGAAGGGCGAGUGGAACAGGCUCCCCGCAGCAGAGCGCGCGCGGCUCAAGGCGAGGCAGGGCGUGCGCACGCCCGGCAUGGCGGAGGUGGACAUCGUGGACGGCGAGACCGGCCGCAGCGUGCCGCGGGACGGCGCCACGAUGGGCGAGAUCGUGCUCCGCGGCGGCUGCAUCACGAUGGGGUACUUCAAGGACGAGGACGCGACGAGGGCGGCCAUCCGGGACGACGGGUGGUUCUACACGGGCGACGUCGGCGUGAUGCACCCCGACGGGUACCUGGAGAUCCGGGACCGGUCCAAGGACGUGAUCAUCAGCGGCGGCGAGAACAUCAGCAGCGUCGAGGUGGAGUCCGUGCUCUACGGCCACCCGGCGGUCAACGAGGCGGCGGUGGUGGCGCGGCCCGACGAGUUCUGGGGUGAGACGCCGUGCGCGUUCGUGAGCCUCAAGGACGGCGCCGUGGCGAGCGCGGCGGAGGUCAUCGCGUGGAGCCGGGAGCGCAUGGCCGGGUACAUGGUGCCCAAGACGGUGGUGUUCCGCGCCGAGCUGCCCAAGACCUCCACCGGCAAGAUUCAGAAGUACGUGCUCCGGAACCUCGCCAAGGAGAUGGGACCCACUCGCCGGGGCGUCAGCAGCAGCAAGAUGUAGAGUGUGACUAGGUCGUCGUCGGUCCUCCUCUGCUUGCGAUUGGAUUGCCUUCUUAAUUCGGACAGGUUGUUGUCGUCGUAGUUGGCAUUGCAUAUCUGUUCCUGAGAUCUGCAAGUCUCCUGCAAAUGCAAGAUUCAGUUUUGUGCAUGAUGCAUGUCGCCCCGCUGAUCAUGGGGAAAACAAUACUUACUAUUGUGAUACACAUGCUUCUUCAAUCAUACUAGUUAUGAAUUGCUAA